UAUAUUGUAUUUGUGGUCAUGGGUUUGAGGAGUUGUUGGCACAAAGAUCCAUCUGAACGUCUGAAGUCUAAAAUUAUUAUUGAAAGAUUAGGAAAAUGGAUUCUUGAAGAUUCACUUAUGUUCUUAAAUGCUGGUCAAGAAGAUUUUCAAUUAUCAGAAUUAUCAUCAGAUGAACCUAUUUAUCCUGAGGCAUCUCUCACAA